CAUCUAUAAUAUCGUCCCAGGCACAGCAGAGCCACACCAAACUCUACUUCUCCACUUGAGUUUCUGUAAACUCUCUUGUGUCAACACGUCGUCGGUUUUUCUUGGAAAUGGCGGGGAAACUAAUGCAAGCGGUUCAAUUCGAUAGUUAUGGUGGAGGAGCAGCUGGUUUAAAGCAUGUUGAAGUUCCAGUCCCCACUCCAAAGAGAGAUGAGGUUUUGCUAAAGUUAGAAGCGACUAGUCUAAAUCCAGUUGACUGGAAAAUUCAAAAGGGCAUGUUGCGUCCUUUUCUUCCUCGUAGAUUCCCUCACAUACCUGGUAGUGAUGUGGCAGGAGAAGUUGUAGAGGUUGGGCCAGGAGUCAAAAAUUUCAAAAUUGGUGAUAAAGUAGUGGCUAUGGUUAGCCAUCUCAAUGGAGGUGGAUUAUCCGAGUUUGCUGUCACUAAAGAGAGCUUGACAGUUGCUAGGCCACCUGAAGUUUCAGCUGCUGAAGGAGCAGCUUUACCUGUUGCUGGUCUCACAGCCCAGCAGGCACUUGUUCAGUCUGCUGGGAUCAAGCUCGAUGGAAGUGGUAAGCAGGUGAACAUUCUGAUCACUGCUGCCUCAGGUGGUGUAGGUCAUUUUGCAGUGCAGCUGGCUAAGCUUGGAAACACACAUGUGACGGCCACUUGUGGAGCUCGUAAUAUUGAAUUUGUAAAGAGCUUAGGGGCUGAUGAAGUUCUCGAUUACAGGACUCCAGAUGGGGCAGCUCUAAAGAGCCCCUCUGGUCGGAAGUAUGACGCAGUUAUCCACUGUGCCAUGGGAAUCCCCUGGGGAACCUUUGAGCCUAACUUGAGUGAAAACGGGAAGGUUAUAGAUAUUACUCCUGGAGCUAGUGCCAUGAUGACUUUUGCUCUAAAGAAACUCACCUUCUCCAGGAAGCAGCUUGUACCAUUGCUUUUGAUUCCCAAAGGUGAGAACCUGAAUUAUCUAGUCAAACUAGUGAAGGAAGGGAAGCUUAAGGUAGUAAUUGACUCGAAAUAUCCCUUAAGCAAGGCUGAAGAUGCUUGGGCAAAGAGUAUUGAGAGCCAUGCUACUGGGAAGAUUAUUGUGGAGUCUUAGAUAGAAACAUAAUUGUCAAAUGUUUGCUAUUAUGAAGGUACAAAAUAUGGCUACAUGGUGUAUGUAGAAUCAAAAGCACUUAAUGAUGCAUGUUUUCUUGCUUUA